AGCGCAGAACAAGAGAGAGGAGUAUCAUAAGAGACUCGGAGACACCAGUGCGUCCUGUGUUGCCCAAGAGCCGGCCCUACAUCUCCGACAUCGGCAAAGAGACCAUUCGGUUGGGAUGGAAACCUGCUGAGAUCCCAAGCGGGCGCUCUAUGUCUGUGCCACCUGUUUCCUACAGAGUGGAGGCUCAAAAACUGCCCAGCGAGGAAUGGGUUCCCCUGGCCAGUCGAGUGCGUAAACCAAGCCUGUACUUGUCUGAUCUGGAUUCCGACAGGGAUUACAACAUCCGAGUGCGUGCGCAGACUCCAUACGGAGUGAGUCAGCCCACUGAGCCUGUAUGGAUUCCAAGGGCGAAAUCGUUCACCGGUGUACCGGUCGGCCGUCCGACCAUCGUGGAGAUAGACGAGGACACCGCCAGGCUGCAGUGGAACAGAGUGGACAUCCCGGCCUUUGACCGCUCGGACGAGCCUCUUUUGUACAUGGUGGAGAUGCAGGAACCACCUUCCUUCAGAUGGCGCGAACUCGCUCGUCGUGUUCCAAACAACCACUACAUCGUGCGUGACCUUGAACCUGCCCAGGACUACCGCUUCCGAGUCAGAGUCGAGUCACGUGAUGGACUGCUGAGCGAACCAAGUCCGGCCACUUCAAUGUUCAGAACUCUUGCUCUGACCCACACUCCAGUGGACCGUCUGAAGGUGGAUGAUUAUGACGCAGACAGGGAGUCUGUGCGCCUGUCGUGGAGCCGGGUGGAGGUCCCUCCUUACGACAGCAGGGAGACCCCAUUGCUCUACAUGAUUGA